GGUUAGCCCAGGACGUCCAAUGGACGUGCCUGUACGGUAGUUCUUAACAGCUGCUUGAAGGAUACGUGCUGAGCGAAAGGAAGGCCCGACUCUGAUUCGAUCGUCUGGAGUCAGGACGCACUUAUAAGGCUAAAUAGCCCCUCUUCUUGGACCUUGACUCAUCUUGUUCCACUGCCAACACUUGUUCAGCGCUCACGUCAAAUGCAAGCUCCAGAUCUGUCAGCGUCGCAGGGCCCCAAGUUUCUCUUCCAACAAGAGAACGGCGAAAUCAUUCUAAGACCUGCACAUCCCCAGCAAGAUGAUCAACUAUGCCCAACGGGAGCACGGCGACACCACAAAGAUCUUGAAGGACGGCUACGGGAUGUCGAGGUCCUGAUCGCUAACCACCUCGGAUUUCAAGAGCGCAUACGAGAAAGCCAACACCAGGAGAAGUAUUUGGCUUUACAUUAUGGAACGGCAGAGCGGUUCUCUCGAGGUAUCACAGACGACUUGCUUAGCACCAACCCUGAGAUCGAAUAUUAUAUCCUCCGCCUCUCGCAAGCUAUUUCCCGAGUAUCAGUUCAAUUGGGCCGUACGAUGAUAUACAUGCCCAACAUCCUCGUCGCCUGGUAUUACCAUCGUGCCAUCACCAGUUCAUCUUCACACCCUCCAUACCCUACACUCACACAGCAGCUCCCGCCACACUUACACCAGAGAAACAUCGCCGCCGCAGAGGCCCUCGAGCAAAUUUCAGUAUUUUUCGACUUGAAACCGCUGAGUUAUUUUGCACUGUCGCAUAUCGAAAAGGUUUCUCUGCUUGUCGAUACGCGGAUACUGCAUUCGAUUCUUUCCAACCGAAGUCAGCUACUUAUCGUUCCCCGCGCUGACGUUGCAUGGGAUCUUCUUCUGGAACAGAAUAGAAUGAACAGCUCUCAUAAGGAUGUCAUUCAGACGAUCAUGUCAUCUCUCAUCGAUGUUCUAAAGAGAUCCGGAGGUAUCGAAUAUUUCGCAUCGUGAACCUCGAAUG